AUUGAGAUCGAUUUGGACUCUUGUCUGUAAACUUUGAUUGCCGCGAAGAUUACACAAUUCGAUAUCAUAGAACGUCGAGAGAGAUCUUAGAAGAGUGAAAGUUUCUGACUUUUCUUCGGGAAUCUUGAUUCAGAGGGUGUGAGAUCGAGCUCCGUGUGAGAUGAAUCCUUAAGAAAGAAAGAAGAAAGAUGCGUAGAGAGAUCUCGUUUUUGUUACAGCCCAGGUGCCUUCUUCUCCUCGUCGCCCUAACGGUCUUCCUCAUCUUCGCUCUCUUCAACACCGGCAAGGAGGAGGACAAGCAAGUAAUCCAGGAUUUUGAAACCACACACAGAGUGUUUCUCGAUGUUGAUAUCGACGGCCAACGCUUAGGCAGGAUCGUUAUUGGAUUAUAUGGCACUGUUGUACCCAAAACUGUAGAAAACUUCAGGGCGUUAUGCACAGGAGAGAAGGGGAAAAGUUCAAGCGGGAAGCCACUACACUACAAAGGAACACCGUUUCACAGGAUAAUAUCUGGAUUCGUAAUCCAAGGAGGAGACAUCAUCCAUGGUGAUGGCAAAGGGAGUGAGUCAAUCUAUGGUGGUACCUUCCCUGACGAAAACUUCAAGAUCAAGCAUUCACAUGCAGGUGUUGUAGCGAUGGCUAAUACAGGACCUGAUUCUAACGGCUCGCAGUUCUUUAUCACUACUGUCAAGGCUAGCUGGUUGGAAGGGGAACAUGUUGUGUUUGGGAAGGUGAUACAAGGGAUGGACAAUGUGUUCGCCAUUGAAGGUGGAGCCGGUACUUACAGUGGGAAACCAAGGAAGAAAGUUGUGAUUGCUGAUUCUGGAGAGAUCCCUAAAGACAAAUGGGAUGAAGAAAGAUGACAACAACAUAAAAGCUUACACAUCUCGUCUCAGCAAAAUCUUGGCUCUGUUCCUAUGAGAUCCUCUCUCUCUUUUUUUAUUUAUAGUUUUGCAGAUCUGAUGAUCUGAAUUAUGAACACAAUGCCAAUGUAGUUAGUGUUUUUUUUUAAAGCUGGACGCAUCUUGUACCUCUUCUUCACUUCAGUUUUUUUCCUCAUAUAUUUCAGUAGACUUUAUUUAUAUA